AUGGCCGUACUAUCGAAAUAUAAUUUAGAAGAAUAUCAAUAUGGUGUUCACGUUAGAAAGGGCCGUCAACUUUAUAUGAAGUCAGAGAAAAAUAUUUAUUUUGGUCAAUGGAUUACGAGUAGAAACGAUGAAAUUAUAAUAGUUGAAAUGAGCGAAAACAUCGCAAGACGAGAAGCUGAAUUUUAUUUAGAAGUUAAUCAUCACGAUUACAUUGUUCGUACAUUUGCUUCAGUUAGUAAUGUAUUAAAUUUAACCAUAUUUAUACAAGAAUAUGCACCACAAGGUGAUUUAGCUGGUUAUCUAAUGGACAAUCCGAAUAAGUUUACACUACCGAGUUUUGCCGAAAUAUUUUUGCAGAUUGCCGAUGCGAUGAGUCAUAUUGCGAGUAAACGGAUUGUACAUGCUGAUUUAGGUUGUCGAAAUGUACUUGUAUUCCGAGUCGAUGAAACUCAACUGAAAAAUAAUUUAGUUAAACUCACAGAUUUUGGUCUAUCACGUUGGAUUGACCAAGAGGUUCCUGAUGAAGAUGAAUCAAUAAUUCCAAUUCGGUAUUGUGCGCCAGAAAUUCUUCGAACCAAUCGACAUUCUGAUUAUUCCGAAAAAUCUGAUGUCUACUCACUGGGCGUUCUAAUCUGGGAAGCUUUAUCGAAUAGCGAAAUUCCUUAUUCAUCAGUCAGUGACGAUCGUCAAGUCAAAACAAUGAAAUUAAAUAAUGAACAACUCAAAAGGCCACAUGUUUGUAAUGGCGAGCUUUGGAGUCUUAUUAAUAAAUGUUGGCAAACAAAUCCUAAGGAUCGACCAGAUUUUGAGCGUAUUAAGCGAGAAUUAUCGAAGCUGGAUGUUUCUAGCAACGAACUCGACCUAAGUUCUGCUGAAAUUUACGAACUACCAACAAACUAUAAAUAUGAACUUGAUGAAGAUAUUCGAAUCCAAAAUUUACUCGGUGGCCAAUUUGGUAAAAUCUACGAGGCAGAAUGGAUAUCAAGAAAAGAAAGACCAAUCGUCGUCAUUCAAAUGGAUACAGAACCGUCAGAAUACGAAGCAAUGGUUUACACAAAUUUCGACCUGCAUCGAAAUAUCGUUGAUACUUUUGGAUUCGUAGGUAACGAUCGCGGCUUAAUUUUAUUAUUACAAGAAAGAGCACCGUAUGGUAAUCUCCAAGCAUUGUUACAAAAUGGUACAUUUCAACCAUCGCAAAAUGUACUGAUUACAAUAUUCACCCAAAUCGUGAAAGCUAUGAUCUAUGUUGUUAGCAAAGGUAUUGUACACGGUAAUCUAUGUUGUGCGAAUAUUGUUGUGUUCCAAGUGAAUCCAUCUGAGCCAACAGAAAAUUGGGUUAAACUCACGAAUUUCGUUUUGGCACAUAAAAAUGAUCCUGAUUUCUCCGACGAUCGACGACUUGUCAUUCCAGUUCGAUAUUGUGCUCCUGAAAUUCUACGAAGUGCUGGUCGAACAAACUAUUCUGAAUAUUCGGAUGUUUAUUCUAUGGGCGUUUUAAUGUGGGAAGCACUCUCAAACGGAACAGUACCAUAUAAAUCUUCGAUCACUAACAGUGAAGUUCGACAAAGAAAAAUGAAGGGUGAAAAGCUUGCAAAGCCAUUCAUGUGCGAUGAUCAGAUUUGGAAAAUUAUAGCAGAUUGCUGGCAUAACGAACCUGAACUAAGAUUUGAGUUCACCGGCAUCAAAAUUCGAUUGUCUCAAGUAGACAGAAAGUUACUAGGCAAUAAUAAGUACGAAUACGAACUAAAUGUCAAUGUGAAACUGAAAGGACCUUUAAAUGGCGAUAGUGACAAAUUUUACGAAGCCGAUUGGAUUCGAAAGCGAGGUCCACCCAUCGUUCUAAUGGUUAUGAACGAAGAAACAGCAGAACAAGAAGUUUCGUUGUAUAAGAAAUUCAAGUCUCAUCGUAAUAUUGUAGAAACGUUUGAUUUUGUGAAAAAUGAUCGUCAAUCAAUCAUGUUACUACAAGAACGAGCACCUUACGGUAAUUUACAAAAGCUAUUACAAUGUGGAAACUUUCAGCCAUCACAAAAAGUACUCGCAUCAAUCUUUCUGCAGAUCACAGAAGCGAUGAUUUAUCUUGUCGGUGAAAAUUUCGUACACGGGGAUCUACGUUGUUCGAAUGUACUUGUCGUCAAAAUGGAUCCUUCUGAUCCCGAAAGAAAUCUUGUUAAAUUAACUAAUUUCAGUCGAGCUUGUCCAAUCGGUCAGUCAGUUGGAGAUAGAAAGAUACCAGCAAGUUUAAUACCGUAUUGUGCUCCUGAAAUUCGUCGAAAUCGAAAUACAUCAAGUUAUUCAGAAUUUUCGGAAGUUUAUUCGAUGGGCGUCUUGAUGUGGCAAGCAUGUUCGCAAGGAGCCAUUCCUUUCGCGGGUGAUACAAAUAGUGGUGAUACUCGUAGAAGAGCAUCCAUUAAUCGCAGAUUAGGACGUCCAAAGCAAUGCCAGGAAAAUUUAUGGGCAGUUAUUUCUGAUUGUUUCCUCAAUGAACCCGAAUUACGAUUCAGUUUUAAUGACUUGAAGACUCAAAUUUCACGCAUUGAUUUCAGACAUCAGCGACCUGUGCGUUGUGAGAAUUGUGGUCAACAAUAUGCGGCUACUGAGAUCGGAACUCACCGAAAAACCUGUCCAUCAAGACCUAUCAUCCAUGUGCGUCCACCUCCACAACCUCGUGGUAUCCAAUGUGUAAAUUGCAAUAGACAGAUUCCGCAAAACGAAAUUACAGCACAUCGGAAUAUAUGUCGGCCGAAACCAAUGUAUACGUUUAAUUAA